AUUCACGUCAAACUGACGUCAAUUUCUAGCUAUCGUAAAUUCUUUCCUUCUCUUUUUCCGGUUGCACAUAGAAGUGAACGUAAGGUUUUCACAUUUCUGUUCAAAUAAUUCAAGAUUUAACUGUUUACUAAAAUAAAAGAAUAUGCCAGGAAUCACCGUAAAGGACGUCGAUCAGGACAAAGUUGUCCAGGGUGUUGCCCUGUUCCUGAAGAAAUCUGGCAAGCUGAAGGUUCCAGAUUACAUUGACUUGAUCAAAACAGCCAAGUUCAAGGAGCUGGCUCCAACCGAUCCCGACUGGUUCUACGUUCGUUGUGCUUCUAUCCUGCGUCGUUUAUACCACCAGAGCCCAUCGGGAGUGGGUUCGAUCACCCGGAUCUAUGGUGGCCGCAAGCGUUGUGGUGUGCGACCUUCCCAUUUCUGCCGUGCUGAUGGAAGUGCCGCCCGAAAGGCUGUCCAAGCGCUGGAGAAUAUUAAACUGAUUGAGAAACACCCCGAGGGUGGACGCAAGUUGACCAGCCAGGGUCAGCGGGAUCUGGACCGAAUCGCUGCACAAAUUGUGAGCAAACAGCGGGCCGCCCAAAAGAAGGAAGCUGCCACGAUUGUGCUGUCGUAAGGAUAUUUGCAGUGGGAGAUGUGGAUUCGAAAAUAAAAGUUCGUGAAAAGUUACAUCUGUAA